UGGAAAAUUUGGAAAUUCAACUGGAAAAGCAAAUUUUGAAAUGAAAAUUAAAUACUACGUGGUCAAUAAAAAUGACUUAAAUGGAGCGAUUGGAGUUCCUGCAGGCGAAGUUUUCGAUCUACAACCUUGAUGGUUGCCCGCUAUCAACGCUAAACGAGCUGGACUAAGACAUUGGCAUCCUGGAUGAUUAAAUGCUGUUGGUACAGCAGUCGAAUUUUGGAAGUCGUAAGGAAUGCCUUGGUCUGCUGGUGUAGCUGCCUCUUUAUCUAGAAUGUGGACCGACUGAUCCCCCCAUGGUAUCAUGAAAAAGGAAGAGGAAAGAUGGUAUUGCCAACGCUGAUGGAUGUUCUGAAAAAGCAACCGCCCAGGAGUCACGAGCCGAUUAUCCUCUGCACUUCCAUAUGCUGUGGAUCCAAUCUCUCCAAGAUGGGUCCAAUUAUGGCCGCAACGGACGCUUGAAAUAUGUUCCAGCCAGAGGAGCUGCUCCAAAAUAAGGUCGCCUUGGAGACCCUGAUCAUCUCCACAGGCAAGACGUUCUAUAAAGCGUUUUUUCGUUGUUUUAAACUACUUUUGUGAAAAAUAUUGGAUGGCUAACAGCUGGUCUCAGCUGGAUGACGUAGCAGCCAGCUUCUGUUAGCACCACUCGCAGCGAAUACACACAUACACUGCCAGGGCUGCAAUAAACAGCUGAUUGCUGAGUCAAUUUUGGGAUUGUAUUAUUAAAAAAACUGAGCUGUAAAACCUUUGCAUUAUACCUAGAAAAUGUCCACUGAAAUGGCGCAUCGGAUGAGGGCUAUGAAAUGCCCGACGGACGAACUGUCCCUAACGAACAGGGCCAUUGUGAAUGGUUCCGAUUUCACGGAGGAGGUCAAAUAUGUGGACAUCUCGCCGGGACCGGGGCUGCACUACAUCUUCGCGCUGGAGAAGAUCAGCGGGGCGGAACUGCCGCCCGGCCACGUAGGAUUCUCGCUCGUCCAGCGGAAGUGGGCCACGCUCUCCAUCAACCAGGAAAUAGACGUCCGGCCCUACCGAUUCGACGCCAGUGCGGACCUCAUAACACUCGUGUCCUUCGAGACGGACUUCCUGCAGAAGAAGACCACAACGCAGGAGCCCUACGACUCGGACGAGAUGGCCAAGGAGUUCCUCAUGCAGUUUGCCGGAUUGCCCCUGACCGUCGGACAAACCCUGGUUUUCCAGUUUAAAGACAAGAAGUUCCUGGGCCUCGCUGUGAAAACCCUGGAGGCAGUGGAUCCCCGAACGGUGGGGGAUACUGCCCCAAAGACCCGGAACGUCCGGUUCGGUCGCAUCCUUGGCAACACAGUGGUGCACUUCGAGAAGGCCGAGAACUCCGUCCUAAAUCUGCAGGGUCGCUCCAAGGGUAAAAUUGUGCGGCAGUCGAUCAUAAAUCCGGAUUGGGACUUUGGCAAGAUGGGCAUUGGUGGCUUGGACAAGGAGUUCAAUGCGAUCUUUCGACGCGCCUUCGCUUCUCGCGUUUUCCCGCCGGAAUUGGUGGAGCAGCUCGGAAUUAAACACGUGAAGGGUAUCCUUUUGUACGGACCACCCGGCACGGGUAAAACCCUAAUGGCCCGGCAAAUAGGAACCAUGCUGAAUGCCCGCGAACCCAAGAUUGUAAACGGGCCGCAGAUCCUUGACAAGUACGUGGGCGAGUCGGAGGCCAAUAUCCGGCGCCUGUUUGCCGAAGCCGAGGAGGAGGAGAAGCGUUUGGGUCCGAACAGUGGCCUGCACAUCAUCAUUUUCGAUGAGAUCGAUGCCAUCUGCAAGGCUCGUGGCUCUGUGGCAGGCAAUAGUGGUGUCCACGAUACGGUCGUCAAUCAACUGCUGGCCAAGAUCGACGGCGUGGAGCAGCUUAACAACAUCCUGGUGAUAGGAAUGACCAACAGACGGGACAUGAUCGACGAGGCGCUGCUGCGACCCGGUCGCUUGGAAGUUCAAAUGGAGAUCAGCUUGCCCAACGAGCAGGGUCGCGUUCAAAUCCUCAAUAUCCAUACUAAACGGAUGCGGGACUUCAACAAGAUAGCCAGCGAUGUGGACAACAUCGAGAUUGCAGCCAGGACAAAGAAUUUCAGUGGCGCAGAACUGGAGGGACUUGUCAGAGCGGCACAAUCCACGGCUAUGAACCGACUAAUUAAGGCGGAUUCAAAGGUUCAUGUGGAUCCCGAGGCUAUGGAGAAAUUGCGAGUAACCCGUGCCGAUUUCCUACACGCUUUGGACAACGACAUCAAGCCCGCUUUUGGAGCCGCCCAGGAAAUGUUAGAGAAUCUACUGGCGCGUGGCAUUAUAAACUGGGGUCCACCGGUCAAUGACAUCCUGGAGGAUGGAAUGCUGUCCGUGCAGCAGGCGAAGGCCACUGAAGGCUCUGGACUAGUGUCUGUUCUCAUCGAAGGAGCCCCCAACUCUGGCAAAUCAGCGCUGGCAGCCAAUCUGGCCAAAAUGAGUGAUUUCCCGUUUGUCAAGGUCUGUUCCCCAGAGGAUAUGGUGGGAUUCACGGAGUCUGCCAAGUGCCUGCACAUCCGCAAGAUCUUCGACGACGCCUAUCGCUCCACGUUGAGCUGCAUUGUGGUUGACAAUGUGGAGAGAUUACUGGACUACGGACCGAUCGGACCCAGGUACUCCAAUCUCACGCUGCAGGCCCUACUGGUGCUGCUAAAGAAGCAGCCGCCUAAGGGUCGAAAACUGCUUAUCCUGUGCACUUCCAGCCGAAAAGAUGUCCUCGAAGAGAUGGAAAUGCUGCCGGCUUUCACGUCCGUGUUGCAUGUGUCCAAUCUCUCGAACCCCGAGCAUGUUCUCGCCGUGCUGGAGGACUCCGAUUUUUUCAGUGCCGAGGAGCUGCAGAAUAUUGCCAGAAAUAUGGCCGGCAAGCGAGUGUGCAUCGGCAUCAAGAAGCUGCUGGCCCUAAUCGACAUGAUCCGUCAAUCGGAACCCCACCAACGGGUCAUCAAGUUCCUCAGCAAAAUGGAGGAGGAGGGCGGAUUGGAGUUGGUGGCCAGAUCGCACUAGCUACCGCCCAUUUCCGAGCUGCGGUUGUCCAUUGUGGAGCUCCACGACGCCUUCUAAUUCACUUACAUUCCAUCUCCAAACAUUUAUGGUGGUUCGAUUUGAUUGACAGGAAAAUUAAGAGUAGAUAGCUUUACUUGCAUUGUUUCUUAGUUUCUUAUUUUCAUCAGAAUGUUUGGAAAAAUCAGUUAAAAUCGAACCUUAACUUUGAUGUUGUUUUUACUUUAAGGAUCUAAAGACGUUCUCUUUGUAGUUCAAUGCUUAAUAGUGACGAAACAGAAAAGAAAAAAAUAGUAUAUUGUUAUUUUGUUGCUUAUUUGAUGCAAUGAUAAUGGAUAAAAUGCUAUACUUCCAAGGAACUUUUAAAUUUCAAACUUAUUUGAUUGAAUCGGCGAUUCACUGAAGUGAAGUAUGAAGUCAUUAAUUGUAUUGGUUUUUCAAAAUGUGUCUAGUUUUAUUUUACUUAAGUGAAAUAUUUGUAAUUAAAACAGAAGAUUUAAAACAGAAUACAACAACGUAUAGCACGUUCAUACUUAUUUUAAUCACGGAUUAAUACACUUACGAUUUACUACAAAUUAACAAAGCGCACAACCUACCCGUAACUGAAGACCAAUUUGUAAGAUAUAACCAGAUAAUUUGAUAAGUUUUCAACUUUUAUGGAACCAACGAACUUGUAAAACUCGCAUUAGCGACUAAGGAUAAAUGCAGUAUUUUUACCACGAUAUGUACGCACAGAUUUACAAUGACAAUUUUUUACAAACAAUUUGAAUUUUUACAGUUUUUAAGAUAAAUGCAUUUACCAUGCUAAUAGAAACAGAUAAAAAACAGGAACUGAAAACAGAUAACUAAAUACAAAGCCGACAAGUGGCACACAACGUAGAAAAAUAUGAAACCAAAAAUCAGUCUUUGAAGAAACUUAAUAGUUUAAAGAAACUUACAUGUAAAACACGUAUUUUCACACCGUUCCAAAAUGUGGAUUUCAACAAAAUCGUUGUAUUUGCAGUUCGUCGUCUAAUUAGGGAUGUAAAUAAAUUUUAUACAAACAAAUUUUAAAUCCCAAACAUCUAAACAAAUGAAAUCUGUCAACAUUUUCUUUACAUCCCUAAGCAAGAUCAUAUUAGGUUUCAAAACUAGCUGAAGGAGGUUUAUGUCUCGGCUAAGAAAUGUGGAAUCUGAUCAAAGCUUUUUUGAAUAACGAUCUAAACUGAAAUUAUAAAAUGUGUGGGUUAUUUGUAAAUGUAAUUUUAUGGAAAAAUAUUGUGUAUUUCAA